AUGCUUUUGGGGAUGAGCGCCUGCAGCAGGAAGGCGCUGACCCUGCUCAGCAGCGUGUUCGCCGUCUGCGGCCUAGGCCUCCUGGGCAUCUCCGUCAGCACCGACUACUGGCUCUACCUGGAGGAGGGCAUCGUCCAGCCCCAAAACCAGACGGCAGAAAUCAAGCUGUCUCUGCACUCAGGCCUCUGGAGGGUCUGCUUCCUGGCAGGAGAAGAGCGUGGCCGGUGCUUCACCAUCGAAUACGUCAUGCCCAUGAACAUCCAGCUGACAUCCGAGUCCACGGUCAAUGUCCUCAAGAUGAUCCGCUCUGCCACCCCCUUCCCCUUGGUCAGUCUCUUCUUCAUGUUCAUCGGCUUCAUCCUCAGCAACAUCGGCCACAUUCGGCCUCACAGGACCAUCCUUGCCUUCGUCUCGGGGAUAUUCUUCAUCCUGUCAGGUCUGUCCCUUGUGGUGGGGCUGGUCCUCUACAUAUCCAGCAUUAACGACGAGAUGCUCAACAGGACCAAGGACUCAGAAACGUUCUUCAAUUACAAAUACGGAUGGUCCUUUGCCUUCUCCGCCAUCUCAUUCCUUCUCACAGAGAGCGCCGGGGUGAUGUCCGUUUACCUGUUCAUGAAGCGCUACACAGCCGAGGACAUCUACCGACCUCACCCCGGCUUCUACCGCCCCCGCCUCAGCAACUGCUCCGACUACUCGGGGCAGUUCUUGCACCCGGACGCCUGGGCGCGGGGACGCAGCCCCUCGGAUAUCUCCAGCGAGGCGUCCCUGCAGAUGAACAGUAACUACCCCGCUCUGCUCAAGUGCCCCGACUACGACCAGAUGUCCUCGUCCCCGUGCUGAGCCCCGACGCACCCUGCGC